GACAGGUUUGUCGUCGUCUCCUGACUGCCACGUGGAGAACUAAUGAAAGUUAGAAAUUUAUUUGGGAAGCUCCUUUUAAAAUUGAAGUAUUAAGAAUGUAAGAAUUCAAUCAGUGUCGUUUUUUCAAGCGCAUUCUGAUUUCCCAGGCCACUUAGAUUACGCUAUCAGAACAGAUAAUCCCGGAUAAUUUAUAUAAUUAGGUACACCAGCAUUAUUUAUUGAAAUGAAUAAUAAAAGCCUAUGUUUUUAAUAAGUGAUGUGCGGAAAACUUAAUGAAAUGGAAGCAGAACUCAAAGAGCUUGCUGUGGCUUUGUUCGACAUCGGAGCUGUGAAAUUUACUGAAGUUACAUUGCAAAAUGGCUGGAAAACUCCAAUUUACAUGGAUUUGAGAGUUACAAUAUCUUAUCCCAAGAUACUGCGCAAGUUAUCACAAACUUUAUGGAAGCUUGCCAAAGACUCAAAAAACAUUGCACACAUAUGUGGAGUUCCAUACACAGCUUUGCCGUUUGCCACAGUUAUUUCUGUCGAGGCAAACAUGCCAAUGCUGAUUAAAAGAAAGGAAGCCAAAUCUUACGGAACAAAAAAACUUAUAGAGGGCAACUUUGAAUCUGGAGAUAAAUGCGUUAUCAUCGAAGACGUCAUAGUACUCGGCAGCAGUGCGUUAGAAACGAUAAACGAUUUGAGAAAUUCAGGACUGAAAGUAACAGAAGUAUUUGUGGUAGUAGAUAGAGAGCAAGGAGGAAGAGAAAACUUACAAAAUGAAAAUGUGGAAGUUCGAAGCCUCUUUACUAUAUCUCAAUUAAUGAAGUACCUACUAGACGCUGAGAAGAUAACCCUGGAAGUUAUGGAAGAAAUUAUGGGUUACAUCAGUAAAAACAAGGCUCAUUAAGAUCAGUUGAAAUAAAGGUUGAGAAAUUAAAAAUGAGCCAACGCUCUCUCUCUCUCUCGUUGAAGAAAAAAAGAAAUUAUACUUGUUCAAAAUUGAUAAGUAUUUUGUGGUAAAGUCACUCCAGAAAAACAACUAAGUAUUAAGUCCCGAAAAAGACUGUUAAGACGAAAGAUGAAGUGAUAAAAAUAUUAUUUAGUAAUUCAGAUAUUUUUUUAUGAAAUUGCAUUCGAAGAAAAUUGAAGGAUAUUUUAAUUUUCAUAAAUUAUGAUCUAAAUAUAGAGUUUAUACAAAA